AUGGUGUGUCCAGGAUUGGAAAGACAUAAAACAUACACAAACUCCCAGAAAGAUACACACUCGUAUACAAAACCUGAAAUAACAGAAGAUUCACGGCACAUGAUAUUAGUUCCGAAUGAAAGUAAAUUUUACUGUAUGGCUUGCACUAGCUCAUAUGAUUUGACGGACAAGACGUUACAUUAUUCCGAUAGGUACCAUUUGAAAAAGUUAAACGAAUGUAAAGUUGUUGAAAGAUACGGAGAGUUCUUUGUGAGAGAGGUAGGUGACAGAUACUACCACUGCGGUGUCUGCAACAGUCUACAAUACCCGUAUAAUAUCGAAACUCACAUGGAACUAGUUCAUCAUGUAGUUUUAUCGGAAACAGACCAUGAUGAACUGCAAGGAUACAUAAAUAACAAAAAUCGAUCAAACAGUAGUGAUCAAGAUAGAUAUACGUAUAACGCAAAUAUGAAUCAUGAAUCGAAUGAAAGUCGAAGUUCUUCGUCGAAUUAUUAUCCUGGAUCGAAUGAAAGUCCAAGUUGUUCGUCAGCUGAACAUGAAUCAAAUGAUGAUCGACGUUCACCGUCGCUUCUUUGCAAGGAAUAUAUAAAUGCAGUAGCACAUUGCGGGAUAUGUAAUACAUGUUUGUAUGUAUCGGUACUACACGAACAUAUACAACACGAUCUGCACAUUCGAUUACUAACAGCAGCUAUCAUAAAAUCGCCAAACUAUAUGGACAACGUGCCAAAUCAAUCACAUUUGAAUCAACUUACAUUCGGAUUACCAUCAAACGCAACUCGAACGAAUGCUAAUAUAAAUGAACAAAGCGUAAAUCAAAGCUACCUAGAUGUGAAUGCAAUAAGUAAAAAUCUAACAGACACUGAUUUAAAAGAAUCAGAUAAAAUUUUUACAAAUAAUGGCGCGAAUGAAUCAAGCGCAAAUUUAACGAACGUAUACGUGAAAGAAACAAGUGAAAAUCUAGAACCUGGGUUGAAUGAAUCAGGCGAAAAUCUAUCAAACAAUGAUGCCAAUGAAUGGAGUUCAUAUCUAACGAACAAUUACGACGAAGAAUCAAGCCUGUAUCUAACAGACUCUGAGUUGAAUGAGUCAGGCGAAAAUCUAACAGACCCUGAGUUGAAUGAGUCAAGCGAAAAUCUAACAGACAAUGACUCAAAUGAAUUGAACCUAAAUCGAACAAACAAUUACGAGAAAGAAUCAAGCGAAAAUCUAAUAAACUCCGAGUUGAAUGAAUCGGGCGAAAAUCUAACAAACAAUGACGCCAACGAUACGAGCUCAAAUCUAACCUAUAAUUACGAUAAAGAAUCAAGCGAAAUUCUAAUAGACCCUGAGUUGAAUGAAUUAGGCAAAAAUCUAACAGGUCCUGAGUUUAAUGAAUCGGGCAGAAAUCUAACAGACCCUGAGUUGAAUGAAUCAGGCGAAAACUUAACAAACAAUGACGCUAACGAUACGAGCUCAAAUCUAACCUAUAAUUACGAGAAAGAAUCAAGCAAAAAUCUAAUAGACCCCGAGUUGAAUGAAUCAGGCGAAAAUCUAACAGGUCCUGAGUUGAAUGAAUCAGGCAGAAAUCUAACAGACUCUGAGUUGAAUGAGUCAGGCGAAAAUCUAACAAACAAUGAUUCAAAUGAAUCGAACCUAAAGCGAAGAAACAAUUACGAGAAGGAAUCAAGCGAAAAUCUAAUAGACUUCCAGUUGAAUGAAUCAGGCGAAAAUCUAACAGAUGUUCAGUUGAAUGAAUCAGGCAAAAAUCUAACAGACCCUGAGUUGAAUGAGUCAGGCGAAAAUCUAACAGAUCCUGAGUUGAAUGAGUCAGGUGAAAAUCUAACAGACCCUGAGUUGAAUGAGUCUGGCGAAAACCUAACAAUGAAUGACGCGAAUGAAUCGAGCGCAAAUCAAACGAACAAUUACGUGAAAGAAUCGAGCGAAAAUCUAACAGACCCUGAGUUGAAUAAAUCAGGUGAAAAUCUGAUGAACAAUAACGCCAAUGAAUCGAGCCCAAAGGUAACGAACCCAGACAUGAAAGAAUCGAGCAAAAAUUUAAUAGAAACUGAUUUGAACGAUGAUCACGAAUCAUAUGAAAAUCCAACAAAUAUAGAUAUAAAGGAAUCGGGUGAAAAUCAAACGAUACUCGAACCGUAUAAUUUCGAUUGUAUUUAUUUAAAAGUUAAAGAUACAUAUGUAAAAGUGAGUUAUAAAUCAUACAAUGGUCUUGUUUUUGUAGGAGAUGAGUUCGACAGCAUACCAUUGCGUCAAUUGCAACAUAUUAUUUUUAAAAAGCGAAUUAGAAACGCACAUGAAAUGGUCAGGAUGCAUUCUGAAAUCUGA